UUCUUUUAUAAGUAAACCUCUUUUUGCUUUCUUCUACAUCAGAUCUUGAAACAUACUUUUAAACAAGACAAAACAAAAGAAUACGCUAGCUGCUCAAAAGAUUUGGCCAACUUCUUUAUUUCUGUAGUGAUUGUGAAUAAUAUGCCUAUGGGGAAGAAACAUCUUAGCAUCAGCUCUCUGAAUUACCAAUCCGAAGACAACAACUGCAAGAACAGUCUCUUCUUCGGAUUGUUCGAUGACCAUGAAUCCACAAGGCUAAGAAGUGGGAGUAUGAAGAGACAAUACAGCGACAUGGGAGAUAGCUACCACAGAGUUUAUGAAGAACAAACUGAUGAUGUUGAUUAUGAUGGUGACGAUGAUGAGAGAUCAAAGAUGGACAUGAAAGUCUUGAUGGUAUUGGAGUAUAUGAGAGAGCUUUACGUGGGACAACUUCAGCUGCUGAAAAAUAUGUUUCCUGGUGGAGCUAAAGACGAGUUUGUUGGUUUUUUUAACAAAAUUGGUGACGCUGUGACCCAAAUCAAACAAGAUUCUCGUCCUCCUCCUACAAAGUCAAUGACUAUGCAAAGGAGUCUCAGUGCUCGUUCGCCACGUGUCACCUCUAAAGGGGUUAAUUUGGGUCCAUCAGAUCUAAGAGAUGAAAGGUUUAAAGUUACAACGGUUAGUGCUGGUGGUGCGGGUGGAGCUGGAGGUGCUGCCGGAGAUGGUAAAGGUGGCUCGGCAGCUGGUCAGGGUCAGACCAAGAAGUAGUUAGGAUUUGUGACAUGUUGUGUGACCAUGUAUGAUCAAAUCUUAUGACACGAUCAGGGUUUUGCAUGAAAUGUGAAAAGUGUGAUUUAAGACUUUUCAGUCAACUUGGGGAUUCCUAGCUUUAAAGGUGGAUUUUUCUUUAUUCAAUGAUCCUUCUUUGCCUAGUUGGUGUUGUUAUAUGUUUUUGUAUUUAUGGAGAUGAAGUAUCAGACUCAUCCAAAGGUAGAAGAAAUCAACUAGCUUUUUAAUUAUUAUUCUUUUGAGAGUUUGAUUCAUCUUCUGUUAUGUUCUUACAAUUAAUAAGAAAAGCUUUGUGUGCAUGAUC